UGUACGAGUAUAGGUUACAUAAUGAAUAAAAAUCUUAUGUAUAUAUGUAUAUUAAAUACGUAUUGUAUGCAUAUGCUGAUCCAGCCGGGUAUGCCACACAACUUCGCAUACAAUGUUAGGGACGACUACUCCGGCACCAACUUCGGACACAGUGAGAACUCCGACGGCAACACCGUCCGUGGCUCCUACAAUGUCGACCUUCCCGACGGACGCAAGCAAACGGUGAAAUACGAAGCAGACCACCACAAGGGUUUCACUGCCAACGUGGAGUACUAUGGCGAGGCCCAGUACGCCCACCAGUCCGGUCCGGCAGUAACAUUCAAGCCCCAGCCAUCAUACCAGCCCCAGCCAUCAUACCCACCCCAGCCAUCAUACCCACCCCAGCCAUCAUACCACCAGCCCCAGCCAUCAUACCCACCCCAACCCUCUUACCAACCCUAG